AUGAUGACGUCAAGUUCAGAUUCCAAAGGCAGGAGAUGUACACCGAGAAUCUCUCCGGAAGCUGUCGAUGAUAUCUCUACUGAAGCUGUGGUAGUUCUGAUGGCUAUCGUUAUUUCCCUUGUUCUCUCUUUCCAUCGUCCCCUAUGCUCUUCUUUAUCUUCCACACAUAAACAUCUUCUUAAAUCUCGCAUCUGCCCCCUCUGGUCUCCUUCCUUCUUAUUCUGCCUACCUCCUCCUCCUCGCAGUACUAUCCUCCGCCACUCCUACUCACCUUCGCUUUCCCCCGCCGCCGCUCAUCACCGUGGUUCAUUCUGCUCCGCCACACUACCAUCCUCAAUGUCGACGGUUUUCGAUGAUAAUCCUCUAUUGAAGGACUUUGUGUUCCCUCCGUUUGAUGCAAUCGAUGCCUGUCAUGUGCGCCCUGGGAUGCAUGCCUUGUUGAAGAAGCUUGGUCAUGAAAAUGCCACUGCUGAAAAUGGGCCAUGGGUGUUUACAUUGGAUGCUCCAAGUUUCAUGUCUAUCAUGCAACAUGCCAAGAACCGAGCUUUACGGAGGGAAGUUUAUGAUGUUUAUAUAACCCGUUCAUCUGUUGGAAGACUAGAUAAUACUCCAGUUAUUGAACAAAUUCUGAAACUUAGAUUGGAAAAGGCUAAACUUAUUGGCUACAAUAACUAUGCAGAGGUAAGUAUGGCAACUAAGAUGGCUAUUGUUAGUAAAGCAGAAGAGCUUCUUGAAAAGCUCAGGAAUAUGGAAGAUCUGAAAAAGUUUGCCAAAGUUAGAGGCACCCCUGAAGCUGAUGACUUGAACCAUUGGGAUAUUGCCUUUUGGAGUGAGAGGCUACGCGAAUCAAAAUAUGAUAUAAAUGAGAGCAAUGAGCUUAUUGCCUACAACACUACUAAUGAUACUGGUGGCUCUAAAAGCGUACCUACAAUCACAACUAUUAGCAGCAGGGUUGCUUUAUAUGUCAUCAUAGAAGAAGCCCCUACUGUCCCACAAUUUGUAACAAUUUGUAUUAUCAUUAUUUGA